UCCAUGAAAAACCAAUAGGAGAUUGAUGUGGCAGCCUAACAAUCAAAGCUACAGAAAUUUCUCCUUAUUUAAGCAAAUUCGUAGUGAUCAAUGUAUAAGUUUGUUUGUAUCAAUAAUUUGCUCUUUCAUCACAAAAUGGACCAAAUUGAUCCAAAAAAUGGGUACAACACCCUAACCAAGACCUUCCACAGCUUAAGACCUCAAGUUCAUCUCCCUCCAGAGACCACUCUUUUCUCAGUAACUGACUAUGUUUUCUCAGUACUCCAACCCGCCACUAACUCGCUCUCCACUGCCAUAACAGCCCUCAUUGACUCAUCAACGGGUCACCAACUCACCUACUCUCAACUCACCCAACAAAUCAAAUCUUUAGCCUCCUAUCUCUACAACGUCAUCAACCUCUCUACACAGGACGUUGCCUUUAUCCUCUGCUCAAACUCCAUUAAAAUCCCGGUCCUCUACUUCGCUUUACUUUCACUCGGCGUUGUUGUCUCUCCUUCGAAUCCGAUCAACACCGAGUCCGAAAUUUCCCGACAAAUCGAUAUUUGUAAGCCUGUCAUCGCAUUUGCCACGUCUUCCGCUGCUCACAAGAUUCCCAAGCUCAAAUACCAGACGAUUCUCGUCGACUCGCCUGAGUUUGACUCAAUGAUGUCGAGUUCAAUGCAUGAACUCGACAAGGUUAGAGUGAGUCAAUCCGAUUUGGCGGGGAUUUUGUACUCGUCUGGAACGACAGGGAAAAUGAAAGGAGUGAUGGUGACUCACCGGAAUCUGAUCGCGUCAGUAGCAGGAUUUUUUCCUGACAGGGAGUCUUCAACGGUGGUUUCGCUCAGUCCUGUGCCUUAUUUUCAUGUGUAUGGAUUUUGCUGCUGCAUUGCAUCCGCUGCGGCGAGGGAGACGGUGGUGGUGAUGGAAAGGUUUGAUCUGAAGAAGAUGUUGAGAGCUGUUGAAGAGUUUAGGAUUACACGAAUCCGUGUGGCUCCGCCUGUGGUGGUGGGAAUCGUAAAGAGUAAAGAUAUAACGGAAAAUUAUGACUUGACGUCGCUCGAGAGAGUUGCUUCUGCCGGAGCUCCUCUCGGAAAAGAGGAAAUUGCAGCUUUCAGGAUGAAGUUUCCUGCCGUGGAGCUAUGGCAGGUGUAUGGAUUAACUGAAUCAACAGCGGGAGUUUUUGGAGCAAGGAAUCCUGAAGAAAGUUGUCGGUGGGGUUCGGUUGGGCGGCUUUCAGGUAAUUUUGAGGCAAAAAUUGUUAAUCCUGAUACAGGUGAAGCUUUACCUCCAGGGCAACAAGGGGAGCUUUGGGUUAAAGGACCCACAAUCAUGAAAGGUUAUAUCGGAGAUUCAGAGUCUACUUCUACUUGUUUGCUCUCGGACGGGUGGCUGAGGACCGGUGAUCUCUGUUACAUUGAUGAGGAAGGUUUCAUGUUUGUGGUCGACAGGCUGAAGGAGCUGAUAAAAUACAAGGCCUAUCAGGUAGCUCCAGCUGAACUAGAGCAACUUCUUCACUCUCACCCGGAAAUUAUUGAUGCUGCAGUCAUACCAUAUCCCGAUGAAGUAGCUGGAGAGAUACCCAUGGCUGCGGUGGUGAAAGAUCCUCAGAGCAGUCUUGAUGAAAGAAGCAUAAUUGAUUUUGUAGCCAAAUCGGUUGCACCUUACAAGAAAAUAAGGCGAGUAGCUUUUGUGAGCUCUAUACCAAGAAAUUCAGCUGGCAAAAUAUUAAGAAAUGACUUGAAAAAGAAGAUUGUUCCCAAUUAAUUACAUAUCUACAAAAUAUGGGUAAUUGAACAAAUUAAUAAGAUUUGUGUGUUUCAGAAUAUCCCAACUUCGUAAUUGCCAUUAUCUUCCUGCCUUUUCAUUAACCA